AUGGCUCCUCACGACAAAGAAAUCUACUCAGCGACGUAUAGCAAUGUGCCCGUAUAUGAGCUCAAGAUCGGCAGUGACCAUAUCAUGCGACGACGCUCCGAUGAUUGGGUCAAUGCGACGCAUAUCUUGAAAGUCGCAGGAUUCGACAAACCAGCUAGAACAAGAAUCUUGGAGCGGGAGGUUCAAAAGGGGGUUCAUGAAAAGAUCCAAGGCGGUUACGGCAAAUACCAGGGCACAUGGAUUCCUCUGACAGAGGGUCGCAUGCUCGCGGAGAAACAUGGGGUUGUUGCUCGCAUUUCCAACAUUUUCGAUUUUGUCCCUGGCGAUCGAAGCCCACCUCCAGCCCCGAAGCACACGACUGCUGCUUCCAACCGCACAAAACAAGCCAAACAACCUGCCCAUCCCAAGAAGACGGCCCCGGCUCCGGCUCCGGCUCCCCCCCAGCCUGUGCAAGCUUACCAGCCCGCUGAAAGCUACUACGAAAGCGCCAGUGUGCAAUACAACGGGACCGAAAGCCGAGAUGGAUCGCCCGAGACUGCGUCUUUCAUGGCAGAGGAUGAUUUUCUUCCCCUUUCCCAGAACUCGACCGCAUCUAGGAAGCGCAAGCGCGAGCUCGAAGAACAAAUUGCCACGGCGUCAGAUCUCGAACACACCAUGUAUGGCGAUGAGUUGCUCGAUUACUUUGUGACCGCCGGCGACGAUCCAGCUGCAUCCAACAUCUUGCCUCCACAACCUCCUGCCCAGUUCGAUGUCGAUCGGCCCAUUGACAACCUAGGAAAUAAUGCUCUACACUGGGCCUGCGCUAUGGGCGACGUGCGUGUUGUUCGCGACCUUAUUGCUCGUGGCGCCAAUGCUGCUGCUCCCAAUCAAUCUUCCGGGGAAACUCCAUUGAUCCGUGCCGUUCUAUUUACCAACAACUACGACAAGCGGACUUUUCCCAAGAUUGUCCACUCCCUGGCAGGAACAAUUGUGGAGCGGGACUGGCAUGGAGCCACAGUUUUCCAUCAUAUUGCAGAAACAGCGCGAUCGAGGAGUAAAUGGAGUUGUGCUCGUUACUAUUGCGAGGUGUUGAUCAACAAGAUGCAAGAGAUGGGGUCCAACUACGUUCAGGCUCUUCUCACCUCGGUCGAUGCUUCUCAUGAUACCGCCGCCUUAUGUGCUAUCCGCAAUGGCUGUGUCAAAGUGGCAACAUUUCUUCUCAACCAUUGUCCAGAAGCCGGAGACAUUCAGAACCUGAAAGGGGAAACUGCGAAUGAAUAUCUCAGAGCUCUCCGAGAGAAGAAGGAAAGUCUUCAGCAGCCUGGAUCUUCUCCUCCACGUGCCGGGGAGUCAUUUGCCGCCAAGCAGCUUCGCCGCAAGCGUCAGAAAGACGCCGUGUCCCGCGCCGGAUCUAUCGUGCUCACCAAGAUUGGAACUCUUCUGGACGAAGGGAGCAUGAAGCUGGCCGAAAUGUAUGACUCACAGAUGAAGGAAAAGGAAAUUGAGAUCAAGGAAGCCAAACAGGCGCUGUCGACCUUGGAAACUCAGAGACACAAGGUUCGACAGGAGACGUUCUUUCUCAUGGCCAAGGCCGAAGACGCAUCCCGAAUCCCAGCGUUGCGACAGGAAUAUCAGAAGUAUCUGAGUGAGAUGGAAUCGUUGUUGGAACAUAAAGAACACAACAAACUCCAGAACGAGGUGUUUCAGCAAGAUCAACAGGCGAACCCGCAUGCAUUCCGCUAUGCAAAUCCUCAGCCACUGUCUCCAGAUGAGAUCCGUGCCUCACUGCCCUGGGCUGUUGAACUGAAUGAUCAACAGGCGAAGCGAAGAUACUGGGUGACAGAAAUGGCAAAGCUGCUGGCCGAAGCUGGUACGAGUGAGAAAGUUGGGAAGCACAGAAAGCUGGUGGCUCUGGCAACCGGAUUGAAGGAAGAAGAGUUGGACAGCAUGUCUGAGGAAUUGUUACAGAGCUUAAAGGCCAGUCAAGGGAAUGGCGCCCAGACUCCUCCACACUUGAUGUCCGGAAUCCAGGCAUAG